CCUCCUUCCUCCUCCCCGCCGGCCUGGGUCCGCGUACUUAAAGCGGCGCGGGCGGGCGGGCGCGGGCGGGCAGCCCAGCCGGGCGGUGGCAGAUGCACCCAGCAGUGGCAGCCGCCGGCGGCGCACAGGUGAUCGGCCUGCGGAGCAGCCUGGUGAGGGGGCUCCCAGGGAGAGCUGGCUGCAGGAGGAGACCGAUCCGCCCCCAAAGCGCGCGUCUCGGCGCCAAGAGCCGUCCCGGGGCGUGUUGGCGAGCGCUGAUAUAGAUAUAAGGACAUUUCUCUCCAUGGCGUCACGUGACAUAAUUACCACCAGAAUCAAUCAAGAUGAAUUGCACGUCAGCGCCCGGUGGGGAUUUUUGCUUAGUUGAUCCUGGCCCAAGCCUCUUGUGCAAUCGAUGGCUCAGGUUGGCGGCGCGGGGAGCGGCCCGGGGCUCGCCGGCGCGCACGCCGCGGAGCCAUGAACGACUUUGACGAGUGCGGCCCGAGCGCAGCCAGCAUGUACCUGCCCGGCUGCGCGUACUAUGUGGCCCCGUCGGACUUCGCCAGCAAGCCGUCCUUCCUGUCGCAACCGUCCUCCUGCCAGAUGACUUUCCCCUACUCUUCCAACCUGGCGCCGCACGUCCAGCCCGUGCGCGAAGUGGCCUUCCGCGACUACGGCCUGGAGCGCGCCAAGUGGCCGUACCGUGGCGGUGGCGGUGGCGGCGCGGGGGGCGGCGGCAGGCCGAGGCCUGGCCCUCGCACGGGCCUGGGCGGGAGGGUGGGCGGGGGUUGGCAGGCAGCGGCUUCUCUCACCCCUGGGUCUGUUUGCCUUGCAGUGGCCCCUCAGCGGUCCCGGAAAAAGCGCUGUCCCUACACCAAGUACCAGAUCCGCGAACUGGAACGCGAAUUUUUCUUUAACGUGUACAUAAACAAAGAGAAAAGACUCCAACUCUCUCGGAUGCUCAACCUCACUGACCGGCAAGUCAAAAUCUGGUUCCAGAAUCGCAGGAUGAAGGAAAAGAAACUGAACAGAGACCGUCUGCAAUAUUUCACUGGAAAUCCUUUAUUUUGAGAGCUCCAGGAAGCAUCCCUCUCCCCCGAGCCCCACUCACUCAUACUCCUUCCCACCAGCCUGCCUUCGGCAGGCCCAAUGUCCUUGGGUUUAAUGACGCCUCUUCUCUGUGGAACUCCACCAUUCCUUCCCACGGUCAACUCGGGACCUCCCAGCGACCACUGCAGCCUGCGGACGAGGCCGAGGACUUGGCCGAACGGAUCCUAAUAAGGGGAAAAUGGUAAAUGCAAAACGUCCCUUUACAAUUUUACCGCCAGUGUGCUGUUGUUCUCCUUCCCUCUCUCCAGGUCCCCUGGGGACGCUGUGGGAUCUGUAGAGAGUUAGGCCUGGGCUGCAAGGUACUUGUUUUUGUUCUGAGUGUAAGGGACCCUGUCCUUCCCCCUUGGUGAACGCAGAUUAUUUAAACUCUGGGAAAUGUACUCUUGGUCUGUCGUAUCAAGGCAUGAGUCCCUGUCUUUUGUGUGAAUAAAUGGUUUCUAGUAAAAUGGAGGUUACAGCUUCAAUACACUGUAUGAAUUUUCCUCUUUGAAAAGUUUAGUGUCUGAUUAGGAUAUUUUAGCGUCCCAAAUCUUUUCCCCUGUGCAACUGAAAAUCAAGUGAAAUACUUUUUAAUUUUGCUACAGCAAGAGCUGUUCCCUCCCACUCCUUCUAGGCUACAUUGGUUUUUAAAAUCAUUUUAGGGGUGAAUUUCUGAAUUGAAGAUGUGAUCCUGGUGCUGUCUUCUCCAGAUCAUGAAGCUGGGGCAGCAGGAACCUAACAGGCAACACUUGCCUUCCCCCGCCCCCAGUCUAGUGAACUUAGAAUUUCUGAAAAAAUAAAAAUCAUUUUAUUAAACUGGUUAGAAAAUCCAAAUGCAUUCUAAACAAGGUAUCAAGAAUCCAAUGUAUUUUAAAAGAAGAAACCAAAAUUAGAACCCUUCAUUAAAAAAAAAAAGUUUACUAAAAGGAAGUUACCAGUGGUUUGAGAGGGCUUGGAGUGCUUGCUGGUGUCACAGCAGGUUUGGAGCAGAAAAGAUAAACCCCCUUCCAGGAAUAGGGUCCAGAGCUUCAACACAUUUAUCCCCUCAAGUUAAAGAAUGUGGUGGGGGCUGCACUGCACUUUAUGUUGCAGGGCCAGGCUAGGCUGUUUACAAAACCUUGAACUGUCUAGACAACACCAUAAAAGCCAAAGUUCUAAACAGCUUAAUUGGGUUAUAUUAUACACCUUCUGGUGGGCCCAAAAGAGAUUUCCGCAAUGUGCAAUAAACUGGAGGAGUGAGAAAAGCUUCUCUUUCUCUGGAAAGAGUAAAAUGAAUCUUAUGACUCUUAACCUCUCAUAAGCCCAAAGUAUAAAUAAAUAAAUAAAUUCGUAAGAUAGCACCCCAUGCCUUUUCCAAAGAGGCAUGCAUUUCCAAAUGCAAAAAUUUUUUUAAUUGCCAAAGCUUUCGGAGGGAAGGAAAACCAUAAGUGCAUAAGUGUAUGCCUUUGAACUUCCAAAAUGUCAAGGUCAUAACCUUUAACCUUUCUGAAUAAUUGGGCACCUUAAGGUUCUGUGAUAUUCAUCCGCCACCCACUCUCGCACACACAUGCUCACACACAUCCAGAUCCCCACACACAUUUAUGACCACACAGAAUCAUAUGGGGGCUCACCAUAAAUCUAAGCAAAUUCCUAAUUUCAGGAUCAAUAACCUUAAUUUCCCUUCAAACAUUUUUGUAAUUCAAUAGCAAUUGACUUUAAAAUAUUGGUUAGGUUAAAAUGUCUAACAGAAUGCUUUUAAUACAGUUUGGAAAUACUGGGAUGCUUUUGGGGAGGUCAGAGAUAGCAAUCCCCUUUGCUCUAAUGAAGAACCUCCGUUUUAAAAGCAGACAUUUGAAAAAAGAAGUUCUAUUUAGACUUACACCUUCAUUAUAUUUAAAAUUUUUUCAUCCUGUCAAAAACAUUAUUGCACUUUCUAUGAUAUGGAACAAAAGAAAAUAUAUUUGUAUUGUUUUCAAAA